AACGGACAGCGGAGAAAGACCAGGGUGCUUCUACAAAUAGCAGACAUCAAAGGUGCGUGGUGGUGGUAUGUGCAAGUUUAAAUACUUUCCACUUUCGGAAUCCUCAAUGUUCAAGGGACACGGUUGUCGACGACCUCAACUCCCAUACCCUGCCAAAAGAGAACGUAAAGACCUGCGAGACAGUGUCGAGAGAUUAGGCAACUCCGAGCAUCCGAAGCAGCCUCAUACCAGGUUUGUAUCAAUAGAAAGAUGGAUCCCUUCUCUGGGGAGGGAGAACUCCUCAACAUAACAACAGCAUUCCACACGCACGCCUACCAAGCAGUCCUCGACUUCGAUACCUCAGCCCUCUCCCCCGAAAACAAAUCUACCGCCCAGAUCCUCAAAUACCGCGCACAAAUAGCCUUAGGCGAAUCCUCACAAGUCAUAUCCUCCCUCAAAUCCGCCAAAGAUGCUCCAUCCCGCUCUCUCCUCGCCCUAGCUCAGCAAGAUACCUCCGCCGCUUCAUCCCUAGCUGAAUCUGACCCCGAAGAUCCCGCCGUACAGAUUUGCGCCGGCACCGUCCUCGCCGCAGCCGGUGAUUAUUCCACAGCAAUCGACCUCCUGACCAAGCACCAGGGCAGUCUCGAGGCCGUCGCGCUCCUCGUGCAGAUCCAUCUCCUCCAGAACCGGACGGACCUAGCCGUCAAGGAAGUCCAAACCGCUAAACGCUGGGCUCAGGACAGCCUGCUGAUCAACUUGGCCGAAUCGUGGACGAACCUGCGUGAAGGAGGCACCGAGAAGUACCAGUCCGCGUUCUACGUGUACGAAGAACUCGCGAGCACCCCCGGCACGACGUCGCCAACAGCCCUAGUCGGACAAGCCGUCGCGGAACUACAUCUGGGCAGAACGGAGGAGGCUGAGGCUGCGCUGCAGCAUGCUGUCGCGUCGGAGAAUGCAGAUGUGCAGGCUAUCGCAAACAGUAUCGUAUGGGCAAGCGUCGUGGGCAAGAAGAGCGAGAUUGUGCAAGGACUGAUCGAACAGUUGCGAGAGAAGGACAGGGAGCAUGCUUUCCUGAAGGAUCUGGAGGAGAAGAGUCAGGCUUUUGAUGUGGCCGCGUCAAAAUACAGCGCGAAGGCGGCGGCAUGAGGCAGAACAUUCGGAAUGAAGCUGUUGUUCGUGGCACGUCUGUGGGCUUGACAGAGGAACACUUGCUCCAUGAUGUUGCUCCAACAGUAUGACCCAUGAAAUCGGCGUU